AUGGGCACACCACGUCUCAGGAAGGGCCCAUUGCCGCUUUGUCCAAGGCCAUCUCAUGGGCUCAAAGCCAUGGGAGGGGAGGGGUCCUGCCAGGAUGACACAGAGUCUGGGGCCCUCACUUUCCUCCCAUCAGAUGAUGCCGAGCCUGGGAAGGCACUGAGACCGCAGCGGAGUGGGCGGGGCAGUGAGGGGAGGGGACGUGGAUGGGGCAGGGCUGGGGCACUGGAGGAGCAGGUCAGGCAGGGCCCGUCAGCCCAGAGGCACCCCAGGACUCAAGCCUGCAGCUGACCCCGCUCUCCUAGGCCUCACUGCAGCUGUGGGAAGGGGAAGCACGGAGCCCUCCCUCAAGGUCAGCGCAGCGCCUGGCUUGAGCUCCCGACAGUGACCGUCCCCUGCUGCCACCAUUGCAGUCACUGCCCUGGUGGGCAGCCUGGACCCCAGCUCCACUGUGCAUGGACUGUGUGGUCUUGGGCAGUGCCAAGCUCAGCCUCAUGGGCCUGUGGGGACGGUCACAAGAGGUCCACGUGCCAGGCCCAGGGUUAAUGCACAGGGUUACCACCACUGCGAGGUUGCCUGCCCCGUCUUGUACCCGGGCGUCCAUGCCCUCAUCUCAGGGGGCAGGACAAAGGCAAGUAG